GAGUGACAACAAAUCCGUCUACUAUUCUGUCGGAAUCAGAAAAUUUAGCCAAGAUUCAGAACUUACCAAGCUCUAAACUGGAUAGGAUGGAGAAGUUGAACUCCACGCUGGGCGCCGUGAGGUCACUGCGUUCCAGCGUUCGGCAUUGCUUCGAGCACUUGGCAGACGGCACUAACGCCGAAUUGGCUGAAGAUAGUCGCACCAAGUUUCUUCUAAAGUUUCAGGAGAACUUUAAUAAUAUGAAUGCUCAACUAAGAGAAGUCGAGAGCUUAAUAAACGGCUUACAAGCCCCACAAACGCCAUACUGUUUGGGCCAAACUACGUAUCUCGCACAAGAAACGUCACCGGAUAGGCAAGCGUUAUAUUCACAGCUGGUUAAUAGCUAUAAAUGGAUCGACAAGGUACAUGAUCACAGCUUUCUGGCAUUUAACAAUCUCAACCAAAACAAUCUGAGGCGAUCAUAUACAUAUUGUUCGCAAAAACGGGGACGAAUUCCAUUUACAUCGUGUAACAGCAUCGAUCCAGAUCAUACAGACAAGCUACUGAGUGAAAUAAACCUACCUCUCACAAGCUAUCAAGUUUGUCGUCCAUUUGGCUCCAACGUUGUUGUCAUUGUCACAAUCAGUCGCGUGCUUAAGGCAGCUAUAGUCUGCAAGGGUGUGCUCAUUGAAUGGGUAACAGUUAAGGGAUUCGAUGAGACACUUGAUCCUGAUGAUUUGUGGACAGAAUCGCGCUAUGAAGUUUUCCGGAAAGUGCAGGAACAUACCCACAUCGCAAUGUUGCACUUCUUUUCGCCUACAUUACCUGAUUUGGCCAUUAAGAGUUAUAUGACUUGGCUCCACAGUUACAGCAAGCUCUUCUUGGAAGCGUGUAAACGUUGUGGUAAAUUCGUUUCAAAUGGUUUGCCACCGACUUGGCGUGAUUUACGUACACUAGAACCUUUUCACGAGGAAUGUCGCAAUUGUUAAAUAAGAACGAAGCGAAAAAUAAUAUACGUAUUUGCAUAGUUUUAAAUAAUUUCAAUAUAUAUUUGCAGAAACAAUAAUAAUUUUUCAAAAAUGUAUGUAAUCA